UCAAGAGUGCUGGGACAGAGCGAGCGGGGUAGGCGAACGGCAGAUAGGAGCGCGAGAGAGAUUUUUUUUUUAUUUAGAAAAGAGGAAGAAUCCUGGAAGCGCGCCCACAAUUUAAAAGGAAACAUAAGAAAGGGCGCGUGCCCACGGAAACACGCGACCUGAUCCGAACGGUUCGAUCCAUCAAAGGCGAGAUUAAGUUAUUUCCUGGCUUAAACGCGGAGCAUCCCUUGAAGCAGUAGCCUAACACGAAGAUUUUCGGGAGCGCCUAGCGUUGAAGCGUGGACCAGCACCUAGCUUCGCACGCCUGGCGCUCACGGGCGGUCUCCCUCAGUGAAAACGCCGCCUAUAAAACGCGGCGGAGAACUCUUGCUUUCAGCACUUGACGCAAGAACAGCUCCCUAUCGCAGAACGUAUACCGGCUAAUUUCUUCACCUAUUCUCAUCGCCCAGUGAAUUCUUACACAACUAGCAGCAUCGUUUCACUUAGAAUUCAGAAACAGCACUUGGCACAUAUGAACACCUACAGGGUUCGUGUACUGCAAGUGCUCAACUAACUGACAUCAGCCGUUGGGGAAGCAGCGAUCUGACUUUAUGCUCAAUAUGUACCAGGGCCAUUUGCAGGCAAAAGACUCUAGGGCUGCAGAUAAGACUGUUGCCAUGGGGAUGAUGGAGAUUCCAAGUAAGCCGUCCUCAGAAGGAAAACCCCUCCUCACCAUGACAACCAAGCUGGUGAGCGAGCAGCAAGAGAGCAGACCCCUCCUGAGCCCCUCCAUCGAUGACUUUCUCUGCGAGACCAAGUGUGAUGCAACCCCGCGGGCUGUGACUUCUAACACAGCAGUCCUGUCCUCGACGCUGGACCUGCUGGACCUGAGCGAGCCAGGAGAGACGCGGAACGGCAAGGACAAGAAGAGCCCGCUGGCCGCGCGGGGGGAGGGGCCGAAGUGCCCCCCCCACCGGAAGAAGCAGGAUGAAACGGAGCUGAUCCAGGUGGACGUCGAGCAGAACGCCCCCCGCACCAAAACGCCCGAGAGACUGUCUCUGGAAUCAGUCGCAGUUAGUACUUCUUCUCCCUUGGAGAAAUGGGAGGAGCUUAAUUUGCACCCAGAGAGAAACGGGAGCCGGAAGUGGAAAAUGGAGAGACGGCGUUCGUCGAAAAACUCGUCGAACGAAUUCCUGUGGUCCACUGAUUACAAAACGCAAUCUGAGUCAGCUGGGAAGAACUCGCUGGAGACAAACAGCGCUGGAGAAGUGGAGACUGCGCCAAACUCUCAGCUCAACUUGCAGUGUUUUAGUGGAAGACAUGGUCGUCUGGGUAAAGACCAAAGGUGGGGCGGGGCUCUUCUGUCCAGGAACCAGUCCCUGGAGGAGGAGUUCGAGCGAGCCAAAGCAGCUGUGGAGUCUGACACUGAAUUCUGGGAUAAGAUGCAGGCCGAGUGGGAGGAACUGGCUCGGAGAAACUGGCUGACGGAGAACGAGCAGGCCCAGAUACCAGCGACCGUCUCUCCUCACGAGAAGGGGUACUAUUUCCACACGGACAACCCGUACAAAGACUGGCCCAACGCGUUCGAGGACGGGCUGAGGAAGGCCCGGGAGGGGGACCUGCCCAACGCCGUCCUGCUCCUGGAGGCCGCCGUGCUGCAGGAUCCGCAUGACUCCGAGGCUUGGCAAGUUUUGGGCACAACUCAGGCCGAGAAUGAAAACGAGCAGGCAGCGAUUGUCUCCCUCCAGAGGUGCCUGGAGCUCCACCCCAACGACCUGACCGCCCUGCUGGCCUUGGCGGUGAGCCUGACCAACAGCGGGAUGGGCCAGGAGGCCUGCGAGGCCCUGCUGGCCUGGAUCCGGCACAACCCCAAAUACAAGCACCUCCUCAAGACCAGGCCCCACCUCAAGAGCUCCCCGGGGGCCCACGGCAGGCUGCCCCGACACUCCUCCAGCACCGGCUCACUGUUGACGGAGGUGAAGGAGCUGUUCCUGGAGGCGGCCCAGCAGAACUGCGAGUCCAUCGACUCGGACCUGCAGACGGGCCUGGGCGUUCUGUUCAACCUCAGCUCCGAGUUCAACAAGGCCGUGGAGGCCUUCAACGCUGCCCUGUCUGUCCGGCCGGAGGACUACCUGCUGUGGAACCGGCUGGGGGCCACGCUGGCCAAUGGGGACCGCAGUGAGGAGGCGGUGGAGGCCUACACCCGGGCCCUGGAGCUGCAGCCCGGCUUCAUCAGGUCCCGCUACAACCUGGGCAUCAGCUGCAUCAACCUGGGUGCACACAGGGAGGCGGCAAGCAACUUCCUGACGGCCCUGAACCUCCAGAGGAAGAGCCGGCAGCUGUCCCACCAGGUGAUGUCAGGGAACAUCUGGGCGGCGCUGAGGAUUGCGCUCUCCAUGAUGGACCAGCCCGAGCUCUUCCAAGCGGCCAACAUCGGGGACCUGGACUUACUCAUGAGGGCCUUCAACCUGGACAUGUGAGCACAGGGGGCCCAUGGAGACCCUCUGGGGAAAAAAACAAAAAAAAAACAAAACUAAAUAAAAAUAAUAAUCAAAAAUACAAGAAGCCAAGAACCCAAAGCUGAGUAUAUAAGAUUAUGGAAUGGAGGUAUGUGCCGUUUUCUUUUGGUUUGUUUUUUAUCUCUUUUUUUUUUUUUUUCCUUGCAUGAUAUGGAUUUAGUCAUCCUGAAGAGCACUUUUUUUUCCCCUGGCACAGUGUGGAGUGUGUGCUUUUGAAGAGACUAUUGCGUAAAUGGGUUUUUUUUAUUUUUUAUUUAUUUAUUUUUUUUAUUACUCUGCAAGUUCGUUUGAUUUCCCCUAAGAGCACAAAAAGGACAGGUGGAGAUUGUACAAGUAUGCCUUAGAGAAUUUCUUCAAUUAAAAAAAAAACAAACUCAUCUGGCUGAGCUGCGGCAGGACGUACAGUAGGGGCGGUCUUGGUUCCGGGGGGGGGGGGGGG